AUGCCGAAAAAAUUGGUGAAAAUUGAAAAUUCAGAUGGUGAUCCAUCAAAAUGGCCCGACACAACUACAAUAAAAUUAAUAAAUAGCACUCAUAUACAAAUUUUUUACGAAUUAGAUAAAAACUCUUACGCAUAUAGUACUUGGAUGGAAGUACUUGGUGAUGCAAUAGCAAAAAAAAUAAAAUCAAAAGAGAAGUUAGUAUUAGAUCAAUUACCAUAUGGUUAUAAAUUAUUUGUUCAAUACAAAUAUUCAACAAAAAUAUCGCCAAAAGAAUUACCUAUGUGUUGUCGCACCAUAAAAGAUGGCGAUGAGUGUAUAGAAAGAACUGAUGUGUUUGUUUAUGGAGACCCUAGAGGCUUUAGGUUUAGAUCAAAACAUGAAUUCAUGCCACAUUGCUUGUGGCUUUAUUUUAAUAGAAAAAAUAGUUGUAAUUGUAAUCAUUGUGAUAAAGACGCCCAUCAAAAACGUAAAGAAGAUAUAAGAGCUAGUAGGUUAUUGGUUCGAUUUAGUAAACAAAAGUUCGACACAAAGAUUCCAAAGAAAAUUAAAAAAAUCAACGAAAAUAUUGACAAUAGCACAUUAUCAUCCAUUUUAAAUGAUUCUAAAUAUCGUCGUGGUGAGAUCGUUUGGGAAAUUUAUUGGCCUGGAAUUAUUGUUGAAAUUGGACCAAAUCAAAUUCAAGGCAAUUAUAGUGUUUAUUCUGCAGGGUUCUCGACAUUAUCAAAUCAACAUCAAUUAGACAAUUACAGGUACCUGGUAAAACUUUUGGUAAUAAACAAAUAUUACGAAUAUCCUACUUUUGCUAUAUCUCCGUGGCUCUCGGUGGAUUGUGAGGAAUUAAUAUUUAAAUAUUCAAGUGAAAUUUAUUCUUCACAAAUUUUAAAAGCAAUAUUGAUUUGCACCAAUGUUCAAAAACAUUAUACAAUGGGAUUAGUUUAUAAUUACAUUGUUAAUUAUAAAGAGCUAGAUUCAGUUAAAGAUCCUGUUCAAAAACAACGAAUUAUUAAUGCGAAAAAUUAUCCACAUUAUAGUGAAAUAUGGUUUGGAACCGAAAAAAUCAAAUUGCCAGAUAACCGAAUUCAAUUUACUGGAGAUAUUUAUACGCUUAAAAAUUCAGAUAUAAAAAAUAAUGAUGAUGGUGUGGUAAAUGGCACAGUUAUAAUUGGUGAUAAAAUACACAGAAAAUUAAAAAUUGGAGAUCAUGUGUACAUAUCAAAGAAUUAUAUUCAAGAAGAGUAUACUGUUGAUUUAGAGGAUAUUGCCGGACGGUUUUAUCCGAAUAUGGAUCCAUUUACUAAAGCAAUGAACGUCAAGGAAGAAAAGGCCUCAAGAGAAGAAUUAUUUGAUAAAAAUAUUGAUCAAACUAUUGUUGUUGCUGAUAAUGGAUUAACUUCUUCUUUCAGUAAAAUAGACAAUAAAUGUUUUAUGGAUAAUAAUUUGUCUAAUAAACAAAUGCUGUCAUUAUCAAUCGGUUCCACUAAGAUUUAUAAAAGUGAGGAUGAUGAAGAUGCCACUAUAACUGAUGAUGAUAAUAACAGUAUGAAUGAUAAAACUGAUAUUAAAGAGUCAAUAAUUUCACCAUCACAAGAAUAUCGAGGUUAUGAAUCAGAAGAAAGGAAAGAGAAUAAGUUAAUCAAUGGGAGAAAAAAAACAAAGGAUUACAGAGAAAUUUUUUUUGAAGUAGAUGAACUAGAAAAAGGAACAAAAAAAGAUAAUAUUGAUUUU